GAGACCCGAAAGAAAGAGGAUAGGCCACAUACAUCUACUCGUCUAGGAUGUUUUCUUAACAACACCCUCUUCCUCAUCAAUGCUUUGUCGGAAUUUCUCUUCCAAUUCUCCACCGUCUCAUUUUUUCCUUCUAAAUCUAAUUUAAAUCUAAUUAAAUCACUCUUUAAUACUUACAUCUUACAUGUUCACACAGAUUUUGACUUUGAGGGUUUGAGAACUUAGGUUUCUGUAGCGAUAUGACGAUGAAUGAGCGGAAAACGAUUGACUUGGAGCAAGGAUGGGAGUUUAUGCAGAAAGGGAUAACUAAGCUGAAGAACAUCCUGGAAGGGUUACCUGAGCCUCAGUUCAGCUCUGAGGAUUACAUGAUGCUUUAUACAACAAUCUAUAACAUGUGUACACAGAAGCCACCUCAUGAUUACUCUCAACAAUUGUAUGACAAGUACCGUGAAUCUUUCGAAGAAUAUAUCACUUCCACGGUAUUACCAUCUUUAAGAGAGAAGCAUGACGAGUUUAUGUUGAGAGAGCUUGUGAAAAGGUGGGCAAACCAUAAAGUCAUGGUUAGGUGGCUUUCCCGUUUCUUCCACUACCUUGACCGCUAUUUUAUUGCUCGGCGGUCACUUCCACCUCUCAAUGAAGUUGGACUAACUUGCUUCCGUGAUCUGGUGUACCAGGAGUUAAAUGGCAAAGUGAGGGAUGCUGUAAUAUCUUUGAUUGACCAGGAGCGUGAGGGAGAGCAGAUUGACCGUGCUUUGCUGAAGAACGUUCUGGAUAUUUUUGUUGAAAUUGGGAUGGGGCAGAUGGAUUACUAUGAGAAUGACUUUGAAGCAGCAAUGCUUAAAGAUACAGCUUCUUACUAUUCACGAAAAGCAUCAAACUGGAUUCUGGAAGACUCUUGUCCAGAUUACAUGCUAAAAGCUGAGGAGUGUUUAAAACGAGAAAAAGAUAGGGUUUCUCACUACUUGCAUUUCAGUAGUGAGCCAAAGUUGCUGGAGAAAGUUCAACAUGAGUUGUUGUCUGUAUAUGCAAAUCAACUUCUUGAAAAGGAGCACUCUGGAUGCCAUGCAUUGCUUAGGGAUGACAAGGUGGAGGAUUUAUCACGGAUGUUCAGACUCUUUUCUAAAAUAACCCGAGGCUUAGAUCCAGUUUCUAGUAUAUUCAAGCAGCAUGUUACUGCUGAAGGGACAGCUCUGGUCAAACAAGCAGAAGAUGCUGCAAGCAACAAGAAGGCAAAGAAAAGAGAUGUUGUUGGUCUACAAGAACAGGUUUUUGUGAGGAAGGUUAUUGAGCUGCAUGACAAAUAUUUGGCAUAUGUCAAUGAUUGUUUUCAGAACCACACCCUUUUCCACAAGGCACUGAAAGAGGCGUUUGAAGUCUUCUGCAAUAAGGGAGUCGCCGGAAGCUCUAGUGCAGAACUAUUAGCCACAUUUUGUGAUAAUAUUCUUAAAAAAGGUGGGAGUGAGAAACUGAGCGACGAAGCCAUCGAAGAAACACUUGAGAAGGUGGUAAAGCUGCUAGCUUAUAUAAGUGAUAAGGAUUUGUUUGCAGAAUUUUAUAGAAAAAAGCUUGCACGACGCCUUUUGUUUGAUAAGAGUGCUAAUGAUGAUCACGAGCGAAGCAUUUUGACCAAGCUGAAGCAGCAAUGUGGUGGUCAGUUCACCUCAAAGAUGGAGGGGAUGGUAACGGAUUUGACAUUAGCAAGGGAAAACCAAACUAGUUUUGAAGAGUAUUUGAGUGGUAAUCCAAAUGCAAAUCCAGGGAUUGAUUUGACUGUUACUGUUUUGACAACUGGCUUCUGGCCAAGUUACAAAUCUUUUGAUUUGAACCUUCCAGCAGAAAUGGUCAAAUGUGUAGAAGUUUUUCGGGAAUUUUAUCAAACAAAAACAAAGCAUAGAAAACUUACAUGGAUAUACUCCUUGGGUACUUGUAAUCUCAUUGGGAAAUUUGGACCUAAAACCAUGGAACUGAUUGUGACAACCUAUCAGGCUUCUGCAUUAUUGCUUUUCAACUCUUCCGACAGAUUGAGUUAUUCGGAGAUCAUGACUCAACUAAAUUUGAUUGAUGAUGAUGUUGUUAGACUUCUUCACUCUCUGUCAUGUGCAAAGUAUAAGAUUCUAAACAAAGAACCAAAUACAAAAACAAUCUCUCCUACUGAUGUCUUUGAAUUCAAUUCCAAGUUCACUGACAAAAUGAGGAGGAUCAAGAUUCCUCUUCCUCCCGUGGAUGAGAAGAAGAAAGUAAUUGAAGACGUUGACAAGGAUAGACGGUAUGCUAUUGAUGCCUCAAUAGUGCGCAUAAUGAAGAGUCGGAAAGUCUUAGGUCACCAACAGCUGGUUAUGGAAUGCGUUGAGCAGUUGGGCCGCAUGUUCAAGCCUGAUUUCAAGGCAAUAAAGAAGCGGAUUGAAGAUUUGAUCACGCGAGACUAUCUCGAAAGGGACAAAGACAAUCCUAAUUUGUUCAGAUACUUGGCAUAAUGUGACCUGGCAAAUUAUCCAUGAAUAAUGGAGUGGUGACUGCGUCUACUGUGAUGCACCAGAAGGAUGACUGCACACAGUGGAAAUAGCAUAAAAACGGCAUAAAUUGAGUGCCUCAUUUGGUCAUUUCUUAGGAGUUGAGGCUGCUUGUACAUUUUGGCUUCAGAACCAGGUAUGAACACCACCACCUAUACAUUGAUUCCAUAAUGAGGUCCAAUGCUGAUAGCAUAGGACCAUUCUGUAUCUUGUUUUUUGUACAACUGCAAUUCCAUCGCUCCUGUUUCUUAGUUGUUUCUUUGCUGCUGUCUGUCGGUGGAAGAAGAUAAAAGAUGUAACCUAUUUUAGUUGCAUUAUGUUUUGAUUGCUUGCUGGUUUCUGAAACUAUCGGAUGAAUGGUUUGUUUUGAAUGUGGACGUCAUCGUUCUUCCAUGUUAAGCAUUUGUGUAUAUUUUUGUAAUAGUAAUACCAAAUUCCCUCUAUUUAUUUUGAUGGACAUUUACUUUUAAGUUUCA